CAGGUCCUGGCAGGGCGCUAGUCCACACUCCGAUGACCUUUGCGAGGCGGGGCGGAGGUGGGGAUUCGGCGCAGAAGCCCCGCUUCUUCUGGUGGAGCGGCUCCCGGGGAUCAGUCUGAGCCCCGCUUUUUUUUUUGGUAAGGGUUUCGGUCUCUUGGGCUACCGCGCUGCCAGGGUCGGCAAGAGGUGGUUUAACCCCUUUUCUGCUGGGCAGCGUCGUAUAGAGCGGGUGGAUCCGGGAGUUCGGUGUCUGCAGAGGAGGGGUUAAGUAGGCGGGGCCAGGAGAGGUUGGUUACGUUGGCGCACCAGCUGGGCUCCAGAGCAGCUCGAGAGUCAUGCGGAGCAGGAGCAAUUCUGGCGUCCGCUUGGACGGCUAUGCCCGCCUCGUUCAGAAAACGAUCCUCGGGCACCAGGUCAGGCAGGCGGAGGUUCAACGGAUGGAGCGGAGCGUAGGGUUUGGGGUGUAGGCGGGCAGGUGGGAGUUCAACAGGUGGUGCAGCGAACAGAGCUUUUUUGCAUUGAAUGCAGGCGUGGAAAUGUUCGGCCUGAAAGCCAGCGGAAGUUCAACAGGUGGGUGGGUUUUUUGCAGGCAAGAAGGAGUUCAACAGGUAGAGCGGCGGACGGGUCUUUUUUGUAUGGCGGGCAGGCAUAGAAAUAGGCAGGCGUAAGUUCAACAGGUGGGUGGGGCUUUUGGGCAAGUGGAAGUUAAACAGGCGGUGCGGCGAACGGGGCUUUUUUGCAUUGAAUGCAGGCAUGGAAAUGUUCGGGGUGCAGGCCGGAAGUUCAGUAGGUGGGUGGGUUUUUUGCAGGCAGGCGGGAGCCCAACAGAUGAAGCGGUGGGUGGGGGUUGGAAUGGAAAUGUCCAGAACGCAGGCAGGCUGAAGUUCAACAGGCGGAACUAUGGGUGAGGUUUUUUGCAGUGCAUGAAGCCAUGGAAAUGUUCUGCAUGGAGGCAGGCAGAAAUUCAACAGGCGGAGCAGCAGAUGGGGCAUUUUCUAGGACAAGUAGGCAGGCGGGAGUUACAGGUAGAGCAGCGGAUGAGGGAUUUUUCAGGGUGUGCAGGCAGGUGGGAGUUCAACAGGUGCAGCAACAGAUGAGGCUUUUUCAAGGCAUGGGAAUGUUCAGCACACAGGCAGGCAGAAGUUCAAGGGCUGGAGUGGCAGAUGGGGCAUUUUCUAGGGUGAGUAGGCAGACGGGAGUUAAACAGGUUUAGCAGUGGAUGGGUUUUUUUGCUGGGCGUAAACAUAUGGAAAUGUUCAGCACAUAUGCAGGUGGAAGUUUAACAGGUGAAGUGGCAGAUGAGGGCUUUUUCAGGGUCUGCACACAGACGGGAGUUCAACAGGUGGAGUGGCGGACAGGGCUUUUUGCAUUGUGUGAGGGCAGGCGGGAGGUCAUCCGGGGGAGCAGCGGAUGGGGCCUUUUUGCAGGGCGGGAAGACUUUGGAAAUGUUCAGCAGGCAGGCAGGCAGAUGUUCAACAGGCAGAGCAGUGGGUGACAGGUAUGGAAAUGUUCAGCGUACAGGCAGAUGGGAGUUUGACAGGUGGAGCGGCAGACUAGGGCUUUUUGCAGUGCAUGAAGCCAUGGAAAUGUUCAACAGUCAGACAGAAUUUCAGCGGGUGGAGCUGCGGAUGGGGCAUUUUCAAGGAUGAGUAAGCAGGCAGGAUUUACAAGUGGAGAGGUGGAUGAGGGAAAUUUCAGGGUGUGCAGGCAGAUGGGAGUUCAACAGGUGGAGCGACAGAUGAGGCUUUUUGCAGGGCUUACAGGCAUGGAAAUGUUCAGCACGUUCAACAGACGGAGUGGCAAAGACGGGCUUUUUGCAGGAUGGGAAGGCAUGGGAAUGUUCAGCAGGCAGGCAGGCAGGACUUCAAGUCAAAGCAGCAGACGGUGGCUUUUUGUACGACGGGCAGGCAUGGAAAUGUCCGGCACCCAAGCAGUUGAAGUUCAACAGGCGGAGCAGUAGGUGUUUUUUAAAGGGUUUGAAGGCAUGGAAAUGUCUGGUAGGCAGGCAGAUAUUCAACAGGUGGAGCGCCUGAGGGGGCUUUUUACAGGGUGUGCAAGCAGGCAGGUGUUCAACAAGCCCAUCUCUCUGCAGAACCCCGUGACGGGCCUGCUGCCAGCCAGCGCUGACCACCCGGACGCCUGGGUCCGCGACAAUGUCUACAGCGUCCUGGCAGUUUGGGCGCUGGGAUUGGCUUACCGCAAGAAUGCUGACCGCGACGAGGACAAGGCCAAGGCGUAUGAGCUGGAGCAGGUAACUAGGGCAAAGUUGGAAAAUAAUAUAAAAUAAAAUAUAAAACAAUAUAAAAUAAAAUAGGGAGGGAAAGAAAUUAAAAGAAAAGAAAAGUACAAUACAAUAAGAUAGAACACAAUAACAAAGUGAAAAUGAAAAUGAAAUGAAAUUAAAAUAAUAUUAUCCAAGGCGCCGAGCAUAUUGCUAGGCUGCCACCCCUCUGGCCUGAAGGCUUCCUGGCGGGUAAAGAUCCACACCCACAACCCAAAAACCCAUUCCCCAAAAGACUGGCUUUUCCCUCUCCCCCCCCCCCGACCCUGGGGUGGGGAAGCACCCUUCUUGGGAAUCCUCUUUUGGGUCCUCCUUGCUGGCAAUACAUCUCCCUAUCUCGCCCUGUAACCUGAGAGCCGCAGCGCCUCUCAGCCGGGGCAGCUGUUUUCUGCCUGUCCUGACAUGACCCCGGGGCGGGGGUGGGGGCGAGAUCGAAACCUGAUUCCUAGGCCGAAUGCCUGAAAUGCCAAGUCGAAAAGCAGAGCAGGAAAAAACGAGAUACAGACAAACAAACUCUAUUGGCUGCGGAUCUCCAGGUCGGCAAUUCGAACCCCUGGCCUCGGGCCUGGGUUGGAGGAGCUUUGGGGCUGUCCGUCCCGAGUUUGAGUUUUGAGUUUACAGUGGUGUUUUUCUUCUCCCCACAGAGCGUGGUCAAGCUGAUGCGAGGCCUGCUGCAGUGCAUGAUGAGACAGGUAGGGGGUCAGGCUUGAUGACCGCUAGGUGUACCUUCCCAUGUUUUUGCAACCUUUCCCGGAUCUGAUAUUCGGGGUCCGGCUAAAUGACCACUGGGGUGUCCCAUCCCUCAAUUCCCUGCCAUUUUAUGGACCACACAGGGAGGUUUUUCCAGCAUUUCCCAGAGCUGAUAUUUGGGGUCAAGUUAGAUGUCCCAUUUUUCUUCCAGGUGGACAAAGUAGAGGCCUUUAAAUAUACCCAGAGCCCCCGCGAUGCUCUGCACGCCAAAUUCGCACCCGGAACCUGCGCCACCGUUGUCGGUGACGACCAGUGGGGUCACUUGCAACUGGACGCCACCUCAUUGUACCUCCUAAUGCUGGCCCAGAUGACGGCAUCAGGUGAGAUAUUUUAUUUUAUUGUUUUAUUUUAUUUAUUUAUUUAUUUUAUUCUUUUAUUUUUUAUUCUGUUAUUAUUAUUCUUUUAUUAUUAUUAUUAAUGUAUUAUUAUUAUUGUUUGGUUUUGUUUUUAUUUUAUGUUAUUCUAUUAUUUUUAUUUUUAUUUUUAUUCUGGUUUUAUUAUUGUUUUUUUAUUAUGCUAUAUAUAUAUAUAUAUAUAUAUAUAUAUAUAUAUAUAUAUAUAUAUAGUAUACUAUAUAUUUUUAAAAAUAAUAAUAAUACAUUUUUCAUUAUUUUAUUCUAUUAUUACCUUUCUUUUUGCAGGGCUGCAUAUCGUCCACAGCCUGGAUGAAGUCAACUUUGUGCAAAACCUGGUUUUCUACAUAGAAGCAGCGUAUAAAACGGCGGUGGGUUGGGAUGGGUGGCGCCGAGUGCAGCCCCUGAGAAAAAUAAUCACAAUAAAAAUAGAAACCGAUAAGAACCCAUUAUGAUAAGAACUGUUCAGAAUAACAAACCCAUAAUAGGAAUCUGUAAAAUUAACAACCCCUAAUACUAACGCAUAAAAAACAUAACAACCAUGAUAAUAUUAAGCUGUAAGAAUAAUCCUUAAUAAAAAUAAUAAUCCAUAAAAAUAACCCAUAAUAACAACCCAUAAUAAAAAUUAUAAAUAAUAAUUACCCAUUAGAAUAAAAGCCCCUAAGAACAACCUAUUAGCAUAAUAAACCAUAGUAGGAAUCCAUGAAAGUAAUAACCUUUAAUACUAACACAUAAUAAUAAUAAUCAGCCAUAAGAACAACCCAUAAAAAUAAAUCAUAAUAAAAAUAAUAGACCCUUAAUCUGAGCCCGUGAUCAUAAUAACUUCUAAUAAUAGCAAGAAAAAUAACCCCUAAUAAAAAUUGUAACCCCUAAUAAGAAUAAUAUAAGAAUAAUACCUCAUAAGAAUAAUAACCCAUAUUAGUAAUCCAUAAAAAUAAUAACCCCUAGUACUAAUCCAUAAUAAAGAUAACCCAUAAUAACCCAUGAUAAUAAUAAGCCAUAAGAAUAACCCAUAAAAUAACCAAUAAAAUAAUAAAAAUAACCCAUAAAAUAAUAACCCCUAAUAAUAGCAAUAAUAAUUGCCUCUAAUAAGAAUAAUAACCCCACAGAAUAAGAAACCCCAAAGAAUCACACCUAAGAAGAAGAACCCCUAAUAAAAAUAAUAAAAGCUUGAUCCAAACCCAUGAUUGUAAUAAGUCCCUAAUAAUAGCAAUAAUAAUAUCCCCUAAGAAAAACAGUCACUCCUAAUAAACCACAAUAAUAAUAACCCCUAUGAGUAACAAACCUAAGAAGAAUAAACCCACUAAAAAUUAAAAAAUAAAAAAUUAUAGGAACCUAUGAUCAUAAUACAGUGGUACCUCAGGUUAAGAACUUAAUUCGUCCUGGAGGUCCGUUCUUAACCUGAAACUGUUCUUAACCUGAAGCACCACUUUAGCUAAUGGGGCCUCCCGCUGCCGCCACUGUGCGAUUUCUGUUCUCAUCCUGAAGCAAAAUUCUUAACCUGAGGUACUAUUUCUGGGUUAGUGGAGUCUGUAACCUGAAGCGUCUGUAACCCGAGGUACCACUGUAACUCCUAAUAAUAUCAAUAAUAAUAACCCCUAAUAAAAAUGGUCAACCAAAUAAGAAAAACAAACCCCUAAGAAUAACAAACACCCCUCAGAAGAAUUCCUCAUAAAAAUAAUAAGCCCAUAAUCCGAACUUAGGAUCAUAAUAGCUGCUAGUAAUAGCAAUAAUAAAAACAGUAGCCCCUAAUACCCCCAAUAAUAAUAAUAACCCAUGUUUUUUGUGGGGCAGGAUUUCGGGAUCUGGGAACGUGGCGACAAGACUAACCGGGGCAUCACGGAGCUCAACGCCAGCUCAGUCGGCAUGGCCAAGGUGAGGGGCACGGGGCGAGGCGGGAUCAGGUGCCCACUCAGGGAUGCCUAAGCAUGGGUGCUCAUCUAUGGGUGCUCUUUCUCCCUCUGCAGGCGGCCCUCGAGGCCUUGGACGAGCUGGACCUCUUCGGGGCCAACGGAAGCCCCCAAUCAGUGAUCCAUGUGUUGUCGGACGAGGUGCAGCACUGCCUGGUACAGACCUGGGUUCGGCAGGGGGUCGACUUACCGAAAUACUUUAAUUUCUGAAAAUUUUGAAAAUUUACAAUUUAGAAAAUUCCCAAAAUUAAAAUCCAGAGGGUUCUAGGUAGCCUCCUCCUCAGGGUGUUUGUUUUGAACGCAGAGCUUGGAGGGCCACCCGUCCCGGAUGCCCGAGACUUUUAAAAUUGAAAAUUGGAAAUGGAAAUUUUAAAUGGACAUUGAAACUUUACAAUUUUAAAUUAACAAGGAAAAUGGAACAAUUAACAAAAAAAUGACAUCAAACAAAAUUAUUAACAUUAAAAUUUAAAAUUAACAUUUAAAACUUAAAAUUAACAUUAAAAAUUUAAAAUAAAGAAAAAGUAAAUUAAAAUUUAAAAUUAACAUUAAAAAAUUUAAAUUUAAAACUAACAUGGGAACUUUGAAAUUGAAAACAUUAAAAAUGUUAAAUUAACAUUAAAAGUUAAAAAUUUUAACUUCAAACACAAUUUGAAAUUAGCCUUGAAAUUUGGUGGCCCUCGGGUCUCUUCCGGCUCUAUGAUUGCAUCCUGCUUUCCUGGUCUCCCUUUUCUUGAGGGGGUUAGACCAGAUGACCCUUCUAGGAUGGUGCUCUAUGUUUCGUCUGCCUCUCCCCGCAGUCCAUCCUCCAUUCGAUGCUGCCGAGGGCAUCGGCUUCCAAGGAGAUUGACGCCAGCCUCCUGUCCAUCAUCUCGUACCCAGCCUUUGCCGUCGAGGACGCUGAGGUGGUGGAGAAAACCAAGCGGGAAAUCAUCGACAAGCUGCAGGCAAAAUUUUUUUCUUUAAAAAUUAAUCAUUUUCUCAUUUCUUUUUUAAAAAGUCACAUUGGGAAAAAUCAGUAAAAAUAAUUUGUAAAGCAGUUUCCCCUUCCUCCUCUUCCAAAGGGUCGCUACGGUUGUUGCCGGUUCCUCCGCGAUGGCUACCGGACUCCCAAAGAGGUGAAUUUUGUUCUGUUCUGUUUUGUUUUGUUAUUUUAUAUGUUUUUCAAUUUUAAUUUUGUUUGUUUGUUUUUAGUUUUUAUUUUAUUUGUUCAUUUCAUUUUUAUAUUUAUUUCUUUAUUUUAACUUAUUUAUUUUCUUAUUUUCCCAGGACCCCCAACGCCUCUACUACGAACCCUCCGAGCUGAAGCUUUUUGAGAGUAUUGAGUGCGAGUGGCCACUCUUUUGGACCUACCUGCUGAUUGACGGAAUCUUUCGCGGCAAUGACGAGCAGGUUGGGGGGGGGCUUUGAUGACCCAGGUUGGGUUCAGGGUUCAAAUUCCGAGUCCCUGAUUGAUGCAUGUCUGUCCAAAGGUCCGGGAGUACCGGGAAGCCCUGGAAGGCAUCCUCAUCAAGGGGAAGGACGGGAUCCGCUUGAUCCCAGAACUCUACAGCGUCCCAUCGGACAAGGUGAGCGGUUUUAUUUGGGGGGGGGUCUGCCGUCUGGGUUCCCAUUUCUAGAACCCGCAACCUUCUCUCCCUGCAGGUCGACGAGGAAUGCCAAAACCCUCACACGGUGGACCGGGUUCCAAUGGGGAAGCUGCCGUUGAUGUGGGGCCAGUCCUUGUACAUCUUGGGGUGCCUCCUUUCCGAGGUGAGCACCCUUGGGUGCCUGGGAUCCCAGGUUCAGGGUCCUGCUCCGGAAUCAAACCCGUCUCCCCCCUCCUUAGGGCUUCCUGGCGCCGGGCGAAAUUGAUCCUCUCAACCGGCGCUUCUCGACCGUCCCCAAGCCAGACGUGGUGGUCCAAGGUAAGCCCAUUCCGGGGGGGGGGGGGUUAGAAAUAAAAUAAAUUUAUUUAAUAAUUUUUUUGAUACAAACAUCAACCACAAAAGACACAUACAACAAAAACCAUAAUAACAAUAAUAACACAGUUUGACAAUUCAGAUUUGGAUACAAUGAUAUACCUGUGACCACCUUUUUAACAAUAUUUUCCCGCCUCUCUCUCCUCCCCCUACUUCCCACCACUAUCUGCCUUAUCACUUAAAUAUUCCUUCCAGAUUUAUUGAUAUUUAUCCAUUCUUAAUUUGUGCCGACAUGCAAUUUGUUUGUAUGUAGCUAGUCUGUCCAUAUUAUCAAUCCAUGUGCUCAAUGGAAUCUUUUUGCGGCUCAUCCAAUUCAUCAAAACAAGUUGUUUUGCUUCUAAUAUAGCACAGUGCAUCCAUUUUUUUUUUGACCCUUUGAAAUCUUCCCACAUUUCUGGAAUAUAAUUUAGAAUUAAAUUCAGUUCCCCUAAAUAACAAUUUCUUUUUAUUACUCUUGCUAUAAAUAUCCUCACCUCGCACCAAAAUGAUCUUAUCGGGCAUUUAAUCAACAUAUGUACUAAGUUCGCAUUUUUACUCCCACAUCUCCAGCAGUUGUCUGCAUUUGUUAUUUUCUUCUGGUAUAGUUUUGCUGGAGUCCAGUGGAUAUUACUAUUUUCUGCUGAAUAAGUCUUAGUCUUAGAUCCAUGGAGACUAUUUCUGUUGACUUGACUCCCAUAUAUCAUUUGUUAUCUGUACCCCCAACUCUUCACUCCAUUUUUGUAUAUCGUAUUCUAAAUCAUAUUUCUUCCUGUUGAGUAGGGUCUUAUAUAGUGCAAGUGUAGAGCUUUUUGUUUUUGUUGCACAAAUUGAAUCUUGUAGCAGCAUGGGUGUUUCCGAUGCUGCUAUAGCCAAACUGCCUUUCCAACAUAUGUUUCAAUUGGAUGUAUUGCCAUGGUGUUUCACUGGUUAAUCCAUACUUUACUUGCAGUCUUAUAUUCCACAAAUUUGUAAUUUUCAUCAAUUAAUUGAUUGAAUGUCAAAAUACCUUUUUUCAUCCAAUUUUGCCAAAUUAUUACUUGAUUUCCAAUUUUUAAUUUUGGGUUGGCCCAUAUUGUUAAUUUCUCAUGUUGAUAGGGGUCAUCCUUAUUAUUUUUAUUUAUAUUCAUCCAAAUUUUUAUUUGUGCUUUAAUAGUCUCCAGGAUAAUAGGAUAUUUCAUAAAAUUGGAGCCAAGUUUAGUCCGGGAGGCUUUGACAACCCAGGUUGGGCCAGACUUGGGUUUGGGGUUUGAAUUCUGAUUCCUUGAUUGAUGCCUGUUUCGGGGUUUUCCGGGACCGGAGCAGCUCCAGAUUAACUCCGGUUUCCCCACAGUUUGCAUCUUGGCCGAGACAGAGGGCAUCCAAUCGGCUUUGAGGAAGGAGGGGAUUGAGGCGGAGACGGUUUCCGGCGUCUGUCCGAUCCGGGUGCAACCGGCGAGGAUCCUCAGCCAUAUCUACGCCCGAUUAGGUGAUGUGGAAAGGGAGCCCAGGUCAUUUAGUCUGACCCCAAAAAAUUACAAAUUGGAGGAACAGUGGAGAAAAGGCAUUCGAGUGGGAUUAUGGGAAAUAAAAUAAAAAUAAAAUGAGCAAGAUAGAAUUGGAAGAGGAGAAAGGGACCCUUGGGUCAUUUAGUCUGACCCCAAAACAUGCGCUGUAAUUGAUUCCGUUUAGAAAUAAAGGGGAGGAACGGCAGAGAAAAGGUAUUCGAGUGGGAUUAUGGGAAAUAAACAUAAAAUGAGCAGGAUAGAAUCAGAAGAUAUGUGGGACGCCUUUAAGGCAACAUCUAAGGUGCGAGUUUGAAACCCUAUAACAUUUCCUUGAAUGACAUUUUAGGGAAGUUUUAAACAACUGAUGCUUUGUUGUUGUUUAGUUGUUUAGUCGUGUCCAACUCUUCGUGACCCCAUGGACCAGAGCAUCCCAGGCACUCCUGUCUUCCACUGCCUUCCGCUGUUGUUUUAAUGUAUUUCUAUUUUCUUUUGUUGGAGUGGCUAGGGAAACCCAGCCAGAUGGGCAGGGAGUAAAUAAUAUAUUAUUAUUAUUAUUAUUAUUAUUAUUAUUAUUAUUAUUAUUCCACAGGCCGUAACCAGCACAUGACCCUCAGUGGGCGCCCCUUCCGCCACAUGGGCGUUCUGGGCACCUCCAAGUUCUACGAUAUCCGGAGCACCAUCUUUGCCUUCACGCCACAGGUGGGAAGUUCCCUGGCUGUCAUCCAGUCCAACCCCCUUCAAAUUUCUCCCCCCCCCGCCCCGCAAAUUUGGUGAAUCAGGAGAAUGCCGCCAAUUAGUUUAUCCUCUUAACAAAAAAUCCCCAAUUUGAUCAUAGCUGUUAUUUCCCCCUCUGGGGGGAAAGCACCGUUUUCCAUUCUCCUCUUUCAUGGAUACAACGAUCAAAAAAAUGUUUCAAUAUAUGCCCCCUUCCCCUCCCCCCCUUGUUUACCCACCUCUCCCUCCCUCCUCACAGUUCCUCGACCAGCAGCAAUUCUUCCUGGCGCUCGAUAACAAAAUGAUCGUCGAAAUGCUCCGGACAGAUCUCUCUUACCUGUGCAGCCGCUGGAGGAUGACAGGGCGUCCCACCAUCACCUUCCCUGUCUCGCACAUGAUGCUUGGUGUGUCACAUGUGUUUUAAAUUUAAAAUAAAUUUGUAAAAAAAAAUAAUAAAUUGAAAUUUCAGAAAUUUCAAUUGAAUUUCAGAAAUUAAAUUUUGGAAUUUUCAACUAAAUUUCAAUUAAAUUUCUGACAUUUAAAACCCUUUUGAAAUUUCAGAAAGUUCAAUUAAAUUACCUGAAUUUUAACAAAUCAUCUUUUGCACACGUUUCCCUUUUAACAAUUUUUAACAACUUUGCUUCAACUUUCAUACAUAUUGCCCUUAACAGCUCAAAUUGGAUCUUUAUUAAAAGUCAGAAGUUUUGGCUUCCUGUUUCCGGCGGUGGGAAAUGGCAGAUUCCCACACGAUCGGACUCCAGCCGUUCCGAUAAUUCAGGGCUGAUAUGGGGGUAAUUAGCCCUGGCAGCCUCCCCAGGGCAGGGGAGGACUGUCUCGAUGACCCGCGGUUUGCCCCACGGCAGGGGCACUGGGUCACGGAGCAAGAGACGGACUGACACUCCUGUGAUGCCACCCCAUAGCCGGAGGCAUCUGUUUGGAAAAAUAUAAAGAUUUUCAAAUCAGACACGCUCUGAACUGAUGAAGCUGGGAAAAAACCUGCAGUAUGUACAGUCUCUGGUGUAAAAGAUCGAAGUUCAAAGAGAUCCUCAUCAUGAUGUUUGGGAUCUGGAGGGGCUUGGUAUGUUUUUUCUUCUUCUUCUAACAUUAACAAUUCAUUUUGCAUGCCAAGCCUCAUUAAGAACCUAAAUUGCUCUUCAAAAAGUGAGUACAGAUGGACUUUUAUAUGUAAUUGGGACCUAUUCGCAGCCACUUUUCUUUUAAGAUUUGAAAUGCCCGUUAAAGACGAAAACAAAGAACAAAAUGGCGUCUACCCACUACGCACUUAUGGAAUAUCUGAAAUACCUCCCUGAUUAAGAGAAACAGGAGCUAACUGAUGGUUGGUCAUAAAGACUGGAAACAAUAUUAUAUAUACAACUGUUUGCAAAAAGAAGUUUUUUAUUAUGAGCAAGAGAAAGGGCUAAAUGGAUGUCUGGCAGCCCCCCUCUAGGGCCCGAAGAGGGGACUGGGUGGAUUCCAAAGGCCAAUUGUUAACUGUCUGAUACAUGGCUACAUUGCAAACAGUCUGCUUAAGAAUAAAUCAACAAGGAGUUUUAGAAGGAGGUUUCUCUCUGUUUCUUUGAUAACAGCUUGACAGGAAAGAUUAACAAUUUGGGAGCUGCCAAAAUAACAAUUCUCAAAGAGUCUGGAAUGGAUGCAAUUAAAUGAAGUGUUGCGAUGAAAAACAAAAACAGCUGAAAGAGUAUAAUAAACGGACAAAUCUGCACUCCAUAGAAAAAAAAGUGUCUGUUUUCUGACAUGAAUGAGGAUCACAGAGCCAGAGACAAAACGUGGAGGAUAAAAUCACGAUAUGGAAUUAUGAAAACCACUGAUGAUGAUGAGAGGCAGGACUAUGAUGUUGAAAACGCUUCAGAAUUCAGACCGUGGGAAGCCAAAACAAAAAAUUUAUUACAAUUUGGAAGACAAUUGGAAAUUUUUUAUUUUAGUUUUGUGGGGUUUUUGGAUUUGAUUUGAUAUGUUAAUUGGAUGUUCUUAUUGGAAAAUUAAUAAACGCUUUAAAAAAAAGCUAGAAGUUUUAAGAAAUUCACUUCAACUUUGAUACAUAUUUCCCUUAACAGCUUGACUUUAAUUCGUAUUACAUUUCAGAAAUUUUAACAAAUCAACACAUCUUUCCCUUAAUCUUUUGACUUCCAUAUUUUUUGAAAUUUCAAUUUCAGGAAUUUAUUAAAUGUUAUAAAUCUUAACAAAUUCAACUUUAGUCUGCAUUUCCCUUAACAGUUUGUAUUGAAUUUUUAUGACAUUUCAGAAAUGUUAACAAAUCAAUGCGCAUUUCUCUUAACUUUUGGACCUACUUUUUUUUAACGUUUCAGGAAUUUAAAUUUCAAAAAUUUAUUAAAUAUCAUACUUUUUAACAAAUUAACUUGAACUUUCCUUCAACUUUCUCUCAACCUGUUGACUUCCUUUAAAAAAUAUAAUUCAGAAAUUCCACUGAAUUUCAGGGAUUGAUUUGACUUGAAUUUUCAUGGCCACCCUUUUACGCUGCUUAUUGCGAUCUCGUUCUUCUCUCUUCUAUUCUGAUGGCUGCCUUUUCCCAUCCUAACUUCUCUCUCCUUCCCUUUCUUCCCUUUUCAUUCCUUUCUUCUGCCUGGCAAGAUGACAGUGGUGAUGGCAUCCACCCGGCCGUUUUGGCCAUGCUGCGGAAAUUGCAGGACGGAUAUUUCGGAGGAGCGAGGUGAGGAUUGCAGGAAUCGUUUAAUGCUGUCAGAUGGGAGGCAUCAAAAUAGUUAAAUUAUUAUUAUUGUUAUCAUUAUCAGCCCAACAGAAGAAUCUGGCUCUGGGUUGAUUUAUCUAUGGGAAGCUUUUGCCAGGAUUUCAUUCUUAGGAUGGUCGAUUUCGGAGGGAUCCCUUGGGGGUCACCUAUGAUUCUCUGAUCCUUGCAGGAUCCAGACCGGUCGCCUGUUGGACUUCCUCACCACCUCGUGCCACUCCCACCUGAGUUUCAUGGACGCUGGGCCGGAUGGUAAGCCCUUGGUGUGUUCCCAUGCCGCAGCUUUUUUGAAACCAUCCUGACUUGUGAUUCGAACCCGGAACGAUCAGAGGGCAUUGGUGGCUUUAACCCAGAACAUACCCUCCGGACGUCCCUCUUUGCAAUCGCUCGCUCGGACUGGAGACGAACCUUAUCGUUCUGAUCGCAGCCUUAAAAACAUCCCAGUCGGAGUGCUGUCCUAUGUCAUCGGAGAAAAGCCGGAGGGGAUAGAAUAGGACAUCCCCAUUUUUGGCAAAGGGUUCAAAUCCGGACCUUCUGGGCUACACAGACGCUGCCUUAAAGGUGUCCCAGAUCCCAUCGGAGAGAUGUCAGAAGGGAUGGUAGGACGUCCCCUCUUUUCACAGAGAAACAUCACCCCUCUCUCUUUUCCAGCGGACAUCUGCGACGAGGUGGCCCAAUACCUGGACCAUCUCCUCCACCAGGCGGCUCCUAAGGCCCACCUCCCGCCCGUGGCUCAGAAAGCCGGCUUGCACCGCUUCCGGGCGGCGGUGCGCACCACCCAGGACUUGGUGUCUCUGCGGUCGAAGGCGAAGGAGCUCCACGUGGAGAGUAAGUAUGGCCUCCCAGAAGCGGGUCAGACUGGAUGACCUCUCGAUUCCAGCCCAACCGUUCCACCUUCUCCUUGCAGAUGUCAACAUGUACAUCCCUUCCAGCCUCUUCCAGGAGUCACGCCACUCAGUCCACCUUCUGGGGUCGCCACCAGAUGGCAAGGUGAGUAGCCAGUUCUGAUUGGGUUUUGGGGGCGGGAAAAGCCAUGCAAGAGGGAGAGCUUUUCACUUCUGCAGGAAACACUCGUUUCUCAAAGCCAACCCAUAGAAGGUAAAAACCCCUUUUCCCCUCCCUUUCUUUAAAGCCACAUAAGAGGGAGGGCUUUCCUCUCCUGCCCGAACCUCCCAUUUCUUGAAGCCCAUUGGGAGCGAGGCUUUUCCCUCGCAAUGCUAAACUCCCAUUUCUCAAAGCCAAGCCAGAGGGAAGGUUUCUUUCUUUCUCUUUUUUAAAAGCUACAUAAGAGGGAGGGCAUUUUCCCAUUCCAUUUUGAGACCCCUCAUAGUGGGUUUUGCUGGGUGACAUUUGGGGUGCCUCCUCACUCAACCAGCCUCCCUCCCUGCCCCCCAGACGUCUUUCCCCACCGAGGCGGACCUCCCAAAAGAUGCCGACGGGAACGUGGACUGCCGGUCAUUGGUGGAUCAGCUCCGGGCUUGCGCCACCCUGCAGGAUCAGGCCAACUGCCUAUCCAUAUUGUACAGCCUCAAGUAGGAACUAAAGUUUUCUUCCAUUGGCGUUUCCUUCAUGAGAACUUCAGACCUCGGUGAAUUGAUUAAAUCUGUAUAUCGCCUGCGUUGCGGGGAGUUAGACUGGAUGACCCCAGGUCCUUUCCCUGGGAUUUAAGAGCACUUGCACAAGAUCCCUUCUCUCUGCCCUCCUUCCUUAUUUUAUGUUAUUGUUUUCCAUAAUCUUUCCCAUAAUCCCACUCAAAUGCUAUUUCUCUGCCAUUAUUGGCUUUUAAGAUGGUGUUGGACUGGAUGACCUUCUGGGGUCCCCUUCCGACUUGGACACUUCCUUUUAGGGGUCCCGAUUGGGAGACGGAGCUAUAUGGUGAGGCAGGAGCCACCGUGGGUGACCUCCUCACGGAGCUGUAUUCGAAAGCUGGCACCGCUCGGCAGUGGGGCUUGAUCCGCUACAUUUCCGGUGUCCUGAGAAAGAAGGUGGAAGCUUUGGAUGAGGUUGGGAUAUUUUGAAAAAAUAUUAAAAUUUUGAAGAAAAAAUAGGGUUCUGGGCAGCCUCCUUUUGGGAAGAGUUCAAGGGGGUCAAUGUAGAUGAGAAGGUACCCUUCUCUCUCCCCAGGCCUGUACCAGCCUCCUGUCACACCAGAAGCACCUCACCGUGGGUCUCCCCCCGGAGCCUCGCGAACGGACCAUCUCGGCGUGAGUUUUUGGGGUCGCCACUCGAUUCCGGCACUGGGCCAUCCCAACGGGGAAGGCAAUCAGGGGGCAAUCCCAACCGGGGAGAUAAUCGGGGGCAAAAUGGGGGUAUCUGGACCUCCAGAAGGGGUCAAACCCAUGUCUCUUGCACCAGGGGCACGUUGGCCUUAGUCCUAGUAUCCUUACUGGGAGCUGGAGGAUGGGCUCAGUUUUAAUCUCCUAGGUUAAUCAAUCAAUCAAUUAAUUAAUUUGAUUUUCUUGCAUUCUCGUUGUACAAAAGUCAUCUCUCCUUUCAGAGACUUAAUUUAAUUUAAUUUAACUUAAAGCUUUUUAAUUUGCUGGUACAGGCCAACUGAAAAUGGGCCAUGACAGGUAGAAUACUAAAGGUAUGAAUUUAUUGCUAUUACUGAUUUAUAUUUUUCAAUUUAAUAUUAAUUUUAAAUUAUAAAUUAUUGUCAGUUUUUUCAUUUUCAUUUUAAUUGAUUUAAAUUUAAUGCUAAUUUUGUUUUAAAAUUUAAAAUUAUUUUUAGACUUAAAUUACUAAUAAAGUUUCUAAAUUUAAGUACAAUCCAAAUUCAAUUUGCUUAAAAUUUUGAAAUUUUAAUAAUAAUAAUAAUAAUAAUAAUAAUAAUAAUAAUUUUUAUUUAUACCCCGCCCUCCCCAGCCAAGGCCGGGCUCAGAGCGGCUUUCAAGCAAUAAUAAAAACAAGUUGAAUGAUUACAACUUAAAAACAAAAUGAUUAUUAUUGAAUGUUUACAUUUACAUUUAAUUUGAAUUUAAAUUCUACAUUUAAAUUUUCAAAUUAAAGUGGUUAGGUAUUAAAUAUUUAAAUUCAAUUUCAGAUUUAAAUUUAAUGUAAGCUUAAAUUUUUUGACUUACCAUAAUGCCUUAUUUUUAAAAUUUAAAUAUUUACUUUCCAUAAAUUUAAAUCAUUUAAAUUAAAUUAAUUUUUUUAGAUUCGCCAAUUUAAGUUCAGAUUUAAAUUAAACGUAAGCUUAAAAUUUUUAACUUAGUAUUAUCACUUUUUUUUAAUUAUUCUUAAUUUCCGUAAAUCUAAAUUAUUUAAAUUUAAAUUAUGAUCCCUAUUAAAUUUGUCAUCGAAAUGUUGCGUAAAAACAGUUGGUAGAGCUGGCGACUCUCGAUCCCAGUGUCCUGGAUUAAAUUUUCAUGUCUGGUGAGACAUUAUUGCCUUCAUCGGGGUCAGACUAGAUGACUCUCGGCUUCCCAACUCAGCUGUUUUUCCCUGCCAGCCCCCUUCCGUAUGAGGAGCUCACGCGCCUGAUUGAGGAUGCCAGUGAGGGGAACCUUAGCGUCUGCAUCCUGACCCAGGUGAGUGCUGGGGUGCUGGGGAGAACAGUGGUGGGGACCCCAUUUUCCAGGAACUCUGGGCACCCGGCUUUCCCGGGAACAGUGGUUUGUUCCCCGGAAAUUUGCUCCCUGGAAACCAUAGUCCUCCAGGAGUCGUAGUUCAUUCCCUGGAGAUUUACUCUCCAGGAUCUGUAAUCCUCUGGGAGUCAUAGUUUCUCCCUCUCUUCUGGUUCCAGGAAAUUAUGGUUUACCUGGCCAUGUACAUCCGGACGCAGCCGGCCCUCUUUGCCGAAAUGUUCCGCCUCCGCAUUGGGCUCAUCAUCCAGGUGAUGGCGACUGAGCUGGCGCAGUCGCUGUCGUGCUCAGGUAGGCAGGAGCCUAGUCACAAGGCCACCAAUUCCAUAAAAUACCGUAGGUGAAAUUGUCCCAUAUAAUAGGAGAAAUACGGUAUUUUUCUCAUAUAAUGGAUAUACGGCAUUGUGCCGUAUAAUAGGAGAAGUACAGUAUACCCCCUCCCUCACAUAAUAGCAGAUGUAGGGGAUUGCUCCGUAUAAUAGGAGAAAUGCUGUAUUUUCCCCAUAUAAUAGCAGAUAUAUGGCAUUGUCUUUCUCUUUCUUUCUCUGCUUCUUUCUCUUCUUCCUCCCUUUGCUUCUUUUUCUUUCUUUCUCUUUUUUCUUUCUUUAUAUUCAUUCCUUCUUUCUGCUUUCUCUUCUUCCUUUCUCUUUCUGCUCUUUCUGCCUUUUCAUUUUCCUUCUUCCUCUGUCUUCUUCCUUCCUUCCUCUCCUCUCUCAUUCCUUCCUUUCCCUUCUUUCCUAGCUUCCUCUACUUUCUCUUCUUUCUCUUUUUUAUCUCUUUCCUCCUCUUUUUUCUCUUUUUUAUGUUUUUUCUUUCUCUGCAUUCUCCUUUCUUCCUUUCUCAUUCUUCCUUUCUCUGCUUUUUAUUUAUUCCUCUCUUCUUUCAUUCUUCUUUCUCUUCCUUCUUCCUUUCUCUUCAUUCUUUGUUCUUUCUUCUUCCUACCUUUCUCUGUAUUUUCUUGUUGCUUUCUCUUCUUUCUUUCUCUUCUUCCUUUCUCUGCUUUCUUUGCUUGCUCUUCUUUAUUUUCUUUCAUUCUCUGCUUCUUCUGCCUUCCUUUCCCUCUUCCCUUCUUUCUUCCUUUCCCCUCUCCCUCCCUAUCUCCCAGCCGACGAAGCCACGCAGACCUUGUUGAACCUCAGCCCAUCAGACGUCAAAAGCCUCCUGCACCACAUUCUGAGCGGAAAGGAAUUUGGCGUCGAGCGCAGCGGUCAGUCCUUGCAGGGUCAGACUAGAUUCCUCUGGGGGCUCCCUUCCACCCCGAUCCAGCACUAAGAACCCCGCUGUCUCCCUGCAGUGCGUACCGCUGACUCGGCACCAGGUGUCUCCAUCCGUGAAAUGGCUGGCGCCACCAAAACAGAGCGUGCCGGAAUCGCCCAGCUCCGGAGCGAAAUCCAGCAAGGGGGUGAUUGGCGCCCCACCAAGGAGACACGUCAAGGCGGGUGGCGACGGCGACGGCGUCUCGACGGCUCCCUCAACAGGGUGCCAGUGGGCUUCUAUCCGAAAGUGUGGAAGGUCCUGCAGAAGGUGAGUGCCAAAUCUGGUGUGACUCCAGAACAGGAUCGAAUCUCCCAGAUUUGCGUUUUAUGAGGCCAAAUAUGGAGUGAAUGCGAAUCUCCUGCGUUUUAUCUGAAGUGUGCAAGGUCGAAUCUGGUGUGUGUGCAAAUCUGAGCAUGACUCUGGAGCAGGCACAUAUCUGAGUAUGAAUCCAAAGUGUGCCAGGCCGAAUCUGGAGUGAAUGCGGAUCUCCUGAAUUCGGAUCCUAAGUGCAUGAGGCUGAAUCUGGUGCAUGCGCUAGUCUCUUUGAGUCUGAAUCUAGAGCGAGCACAAAUCUGAGUGUGACUCUGGAGCAGGUCCUGGGUGCAAAUUUGUCAAGAACGUGACUCCAUUUCCACUCUUCUCUUCCUAGUGCCACGGUCUAUCCAUCGGUGGCUUUGUCCUCCCGUCUUCCGCCACCCAAGAGGUAAUGGCAACUCGGUUUCCCUACUGGCACAUAAUAAUAAUACUAAUGAUGAUGAUGAUGAUGAUGAUAGAAAGAUGGAAACAGGGAGAGGCAGAGAAAUUGAAAGACAGAUAAAGAGAGAGAGGGAGAGAAUGAGGGAAAGAUGGAGACAUAGAGAGAUGGAGAGAUUGAAAGAGAGAGAAAGAAAGAUGGAAAGAUUGAGGUUGAAAGAGAGUGAGAAAGAAAGAAAGAAAGAAGGAAGGAAAGAGAUAAGAGAUAAGAGGGAGAGAAAGAGGGAGACAGAUGGUGAUGUAGAGAGAGAGAGACAUCAAGAGAGAGAUGGAGAGAGAGAUUGAAACAGAGUUUUAAAAAGAGGGAUCAAAACAGAGAUGAAAAGAGCAAAAACGAGAGAGAGGAGAGUCUCCCCUGGUUUCUUUACCGUUUCCCGCUGGACACGGGUUCAAAUCCUGACGCCCAUUUUCCAUUUUUGACAGAUGACACCGGGUGAGAUCAAGUUUGCCGUUGGCGUCGAGUCAGCACUGAACAAGAUCCCGCAGCCAGAAUACCGGCAGCUCUGCGUGGAAACCAUCUGGGUGUUGACCCUGUUGGCUGAGGUCGACUUUGAUGGAGCCGGGAGGCUUGUCAGCAUUGAUGACAUCAUCAAGAUGGCGGACGAAGCGUUCCGCCAGGAGCAGGUGAGGGCAGGCACCCUUGGAUGGGGCAGUUAAUUGAUCACCCAAGCCCCACAGCACCAUUCCCAGGGAAACAGAGCAGCGUUGCUUGCAAAAUUGGUGUUAGAAGUGGGAUCGCAGCGCCGAACGGCGACAUCUCACCCGUAUUUUUGGCAGAUUGUCUUUAUUGAUUUUCUGCAGCUGUUUGGGAUGAUUUAUUGAUCGAUCACCUGGCCCCACAGCAUAGUUCCUGGGGAAACGGAGCAGCUAAGCUGGUGGCAUUGGUGUCAAAAAUGAAAUAAUGGCACCAAUUUCUGCUCUCUGGCCUUGACUCUUGUCUCCUCUUCCCUUUUUUUCACCAAAUGCAGAAAGUCCUGGGUGCGGAUGACGCCAUGCUGGAGAGGGACCCCGCCACAGGCAUCUGCACCUUGCUCUAUGACAGCGCCCCCAGCGGGCGCUUUGGCACCAUGACUUACCUGUCCAAAGUGGCCAUCACCUACCUGCAGGAGUUCCUCCCCGAAGCCGGCUGCAGCAUGCAGUAGCCAAGAACAAACAAAUCUCUCAAUAGUCUUUCUAUCUUGCCUUUGCCUUGCAAAUUAUAUGCAAAUUAGGUUUCCCAACACAAUUAAAGGGAGUUUUUUAUUCAGGGAGGGAAGAUUUUUCAAGGCUGUGUGGAGUUGGAAGGCUUGAAAUUAUGAAAAGUAUGGUUUUAAUUGUUGAAUUUUAAAAAUCAUUUACCCAGUAAUCAUUUCAGUGAUUUUUAAAUUUAACAAUCAUUUAAUCAUUUCAAUUAUCAAUUUAAAAAUGAUUUAAUCAUUUCAGUGUUUGUUAAAUUUAAAAAUUAUGUAAUCAUUUCUAUAAUUUUAAAAUUUAAAGAUUAUUUAAUAAUUUAAAUAAUUUAAAUAAAUGCAUGGGUUUUUAAUUUUUUUAAUUACAUCAAUCCUUUAAUUAUUCAAAGUAUUUAAUCAUUUUAAUAAUUCUUAAACAUAAUAAUUUAAUGAUUAUGAAAAAUCAAAAAUACCAUGCGCCAAGGAAGGUGAUGGAAAGCCCCAAAUAAAAUGUAUUCCUUUUCUUUUGGUUUUGAAAUGAUUUUGAUAACUUCUAUAAAAUGUCCUUUUUAUGUUGGAAAUGAUGAUUUUGUAGAUUGAAAGUCUCCAAUAAAUGCCUUAAUUCCGUUUUCCGAUCUGAAAUUAUUUUGGUUUUGAAACAAUUUUGGCGAUCAAAAGUUUCCCAAUAAAUGCCUUAAUUUUGUUUUCUGAUUUGAAAUGAUUUUGGUUUUGAAAUGAUUUUGGCGAUCAAAAGUCUCCAAUAAAAUGGCUUAAUUUCGUUUUUCGAUUUGAAAUGAUUUUGCUUUCAAAACGAUUUGGGGGAAUGAAAUCCUACUAUGAAAUGCUACUAAAUGUGUUGCAUAUUUAGAUAUCUUGUAGCCAUUUCCUGUCCACAUCUCCGAGUUCGAAUCCUCUCCACAGACUCUUUGUUUCUCUGCUCUUCAAUGGAAAGUUUAUUCACGUAUUCGUAAUUUUAUAAUAAUAAUAAUAAUAAUAAUAAUUUAUUAUUUAUACCCC